AAGUUACACAUACAUGAGGUGUUGCUUUAAUUGUUUUUUUGAAACCAGGUUUGCUGUUCACUUACUCCAUAUGAGAUAUAAAUAUUGCCUUGUAUUUUUUACAGGUAACAUACCACAUCUGUCGGAAAUGGGUAUUACAUUUGUCAGCUACCCUCUGCAGUCACUAGUAUGUUACAGAAUAUCUAGUCUCAAAAAUAAAACUUUAAAAUGAACACACAAAAAAUAGGCCACAAUGUUGUUCCACGCAACAGAUUUGUUUACUAAAGAAUUUGCUCUGUGUUUAGCGUGUCUUUCUCGCCUCGCAGUCUCAAUCAUUCAAAGGCAUGGCGGUGACGUGGCCAAGCGUUCUUAUUAUAGCACAAUGGGUCCAACUUGAGUUUGGUAAAGGAAAACGAAACUGAGAAGACAACAUUCCCGAUGUAGGGAGACUGAACAGCAUUCAGCCCCUUUGUCAAGUUCCAUUGGACAUACACUGGGGACAAGGCAACACUGUUCAGUAACGAUAUCAGCCAAACCAGGAAAUGUCCAAACACAGGGAAAGCAUCAUGUCACGAUUAGAGAUAACAAGGGAGCUCUUGGGCCAGUACAUCUCUGACACCCUCAGCCACAUUCACACAGUGAGGGAGUUCUGUGACAGGCAUUGCAAAUGGGCCCUUCAGAGGGAGACAGAACUGAAAAUGAUGAGGGACAUCAAGGAGAGGGCAGAGAGAAUUGACCUUAAGUUCGACCAUGUCCGUAAGUCGGCGACCAAGGCCAAGGCGUUUGGGGAGUUCGUAUGGAGCGGUCUGACCCAGGUGACUGCAGACAGUAGGCGUGAGGAGCUGGAGAAGGAGCUGGGGGCUGUACUAAAGGACACUCUGGGAGGCCUGGAGAAGCUGGAUUACUUCCUGGAUGCUGUGGAGUGUCUGGCGGUCACCUGUCUGUUGGUGUUUGAGGAGAACAGGUUCCUCUGUCUGCCUCAGGGGACGAGCCCUGCCAGUGUUCAGGCUGUCAUCAUUGCUGCCAGAAUGGCCUGCCCUCUCCUCAUCCAUUUUAAGAGGGAUGCUAAGGCUUUCUUUAUGCCCAGCCUCCUCAAUGUAGAGGUGCUGGCCUGCCAACUCGUUAGAUACAUACAAAUCAGCCAGCAGGUCUGUAAAAGGAUGGAGAAGGGAUUACAGAUCAGACCAGAGUCUGAAAAUAAACUUGGUAGCUACAUCAGUCAAAUGCUGUUUUGGAAAAAGAAGAAUGACAUCCCUGUGGUCAACCUUGGUGCUGAUGUGCGGAAAGAGUCCAUACAAAAGAUGCUGGACCAUUUGAAUCAGCUGAGUGAUAUCAGGAUGGACCAGAACCUCAGACUGACAUUCCUGUUCCAAGGGGCUGCUCAGCGCUUCAUUGGUCAGUUCAGCCAGUGCCGACCCAGGAUGGAGCAGUUUCUGACCGAGUUGGAGGAGAAUGCUGUGCAGCUGGACAGAAUGAAGCUGGGGGCUAAGAUCUCCAGUGUGGCAGGCAGCUCAGUGGGGGUGGCUGGAGGGAUCCUAACCAUCGUGGGCUUAGCCCUGACCCCUGUCACUGGUGGAGUGUCACUGGCUCUCACAAUUGCAGGGGCCAGCCUGGGGGUCACCAGUGGGGUCAACAGUAUAACCACUGGUAUCACAGAGAUGAAGGUCAAUAGCAUCCAUGAGAAGAAAGCCAGUGAAAUAUUUCAGAGUUUCAUGGAGGAUGUAGAGAGUCUUCAGGAGUGUCUGGAGGAUGUGGUCAGGAAUAUGGAGCCCUUCCUGGGGCAGAGCACGGUGAACAUGGUUGGAGCAAGGAAGGUGAUUGCCACCACUUGGACCAUCGGAAAACGCAUUGACUCCCUAGUUGACCUUUCCUCAGGUUUUAAGUCUGCAGAAGUCCUUAGAAACAAAGAUCUGAUCUCAAGCGCUGGUAAGUUGGCGCUCCAGGAAGGCAAAGUAGCACGAAACCUACCCAAGCUAGCCGAGGACAUCCCGGACAUUGGACAGGUGGCCAAAGGCACCCCACUAGCCCUCUCCAAGUCAGCGCGGGCUGGUCUCAUCACCCUCAACGUCCUCUUCAUUGGCCUGGAUGUCUUCUUCAUCUGUAAAGACAGCGUCAGCCUGGCCAAAGGCAGCAAGAGUGAGAGAUCCCAGCUCAUCCGUGCCAGAUCAGCAUUAUGGCGCACAGAGAUGGAGUCCUGGCAGAAGAUCCAUGACUCGCUGUGUAGAGGUCUAUUAACAUUAGAGAAAAGUCAGAUCGUCCUGGAGCAGCCAUUUUACCCUCUGGAGGAGAAGCUGAGAGGGAAGAAAUCGAUGUGUAUGACACAGUAGGACAACAUAAAUGACUUAACAGUCUUUGAAGUUAGGGCCUCUCAAACAUACUGUACAGUGGCACUUAGAAUGUUCCACAAUUAAAAAUAAAGAGAUGACACAUACAUGUCA